UGCGCCUUUGCGAGUAAGGCGUACUGGCGUAGCUGAAGUACCUUGUAACGUCUCAGCCCGCAAUUCCGCGAGUGGUGAAAUUCCGCAUCGUUUACGAACGUUAGCGAUGAAGGUAGUGGUGACGUUGGCUCUUUGCGGAUUGUGCGUGCAUUUCUUUAGUCGGUUGACUCAUCUUCGAAACUGACGUUGAAUCUUUGUCGUCUGUCUACACGUAUGUACAAUUUGCUAUGCAUAUGAAACAAAAUGUCGAAAAACAAGAUCAACGAUUUUCCGAGUUUUUACAAAAAUUCCAACCAUUUUCGAUGCAAAAUUAUCAUCGAAAUCAAGUUCCAGUGUAGUGACUCGUAUAAUAAAUUGUCGUUUUGAUAUGCGAUGAUAACCAACAGUAUGUCCAUCGAGAAAGAAGAAACAAAGAAGUUUUUUAAAAGUGCAUACCGCAUGAAACUGACAACAGCAGUUUAUGUUUUAUUACUUGGGCUUGUAACGACAGUUACUUUUUGCACAGCGAAACAACUAGAUACCAACGGAUUUCAAAGAGGUUGCAAACUUGAAGGAUUACAUCCAUUUUUGAUUGUUACCUACAAAAAUAUCACAAUAUCUGUAGACAAGAUCACUGUACCACACGGGGAACAAGUGACGGUAAGAUGCAGAGAACUUGGAAGAUACAAGCUCGUCGGUGAUUCUCUGUUGCAUUGUCGUAAUGCAAGUUGGAGUGGAAAACUACCUUCUUGUACUCCAACGACAGCGAUUUCAAAUUACACCGAGGAUGUACCGCCAACGAUCGUGUUUGGAUUACCGGCGGGUUCAGCUACCGUCGAGCCAUCCGGUGCUCUCGCCGUUUUCCCCGGAAGUAUCCUUCACCUGGAAUGCCUAUUCGCUAGGAAACUUGGUAAUCCCGAAUGGACUUGGACUUCGACGUUUCGCCAAUACUUGACUGGAUGGGCGAUUGCUGCUCGUGAGAGAGACUGGAAGUAUCGAUUAUCGAUAUAUUAUGCGAAAAUACAAGAUUCAGGCAUUUACACGUGUUCUACACCUCGUGGAUUAUCCAACUCCAUACGUGUCCACGUUGUAGACGUUCAGUGUCCUGUUUUGAAUCUACCUGAACCACCGUUAAUUGGCAAAAUCGAAGGUGCGCGUAUGGGUCAUGGAGCAACGUUCGAAUGCCCUGUUGGGUUUGAAUUGGAAGGCGCGGCUGGUAUAACGUGUCAAUAUAAUGGUAAAUGGUCGGCCGAAAUGCCGCAAUGCAAAACGAUCAAAUGCCCAUCUAUAAACGCAACCGAUACACGAUUGGAACUUCUCGAACACAAUAACACCUUUGGAGGUAGAGCAGUAUUUGCUUGCAUGUGGGGUCAUCAAUUAUUAGGGUCGCAGAACAUAGAGUGUCAAGGUGAUGGUUCAUGGAGCGGCAGUAUGCCUAGUUGCGUAGAAAUCAUCUGUCCCACUCCGUUGAUACCAAAGAGUGGUCGUAUUAUGGAACAAACAAAUCAUCAUAAUUCAGCAAGAAAGCAACAUCAAACACGCAUGUACAAAGUAGGCGCACUUGUUAGGUUUGCUUGCUUACCUGGUCAUCAAUUGUUAGGUGAGGCUUCGGUAAUAUGCACAGAGAACGGAACAUGGUCUCACCCGCCACCGGUUUGUAAAGUGAGAUGUCCUUACCCGGGUGAUCCGCCUCACGGACGAAUCGCACCUCUUAAAUUUUGGUACAAACCAGGUGACAAUAUACAGGUAACUUGUUCGCCAGGAUAUGUAACACCAUUGGAACCUGUAAGGAAGCCAACUUGCCGAGAAAAUGGAAUAUGGAGUGCACCACCACCCCCUUGUAGGUCGUAUAAAGAUGUUUAGAGAGAAAAAGAAUUGUUCAAAGAAAUCUUAUCGAUAAUAGCAUAUCGUAUAAUUACGUUACCGUUGUAAGACGCAUAUUAAGUACGAGUAUCUAUAAGGCACGAUUGAAUACCAAUUCCAUAUCGCUCGAUUAAUGAAUUAUGCGGCGAUUUAAAUGAUUCUAUUGAAAACAUGUAUGAUUUAGAGCCCAAACUGGCACAUGUUUGAUUAAAGACUAAAUGACACAUAUCAACGAAGCAUGAUCGAAUUUGUAUGUAUUUGAAAUGGUUAAUCGCCUAACCAAUCGUUUUUAUGUAUAUCACAGUUGGUGAUGUAUACAAUAUUUGAUGCGAUACCCAAACUUUUCAUCAGACUGGUUAGCCACGGUUGAUAUAUAUAUGUAUGCAGAUACCUAAUGAAAUCGGACAUUUUUUUACUAAUAAAGUAUCAUUAUGAUACAGAUUACGAAAUUAGGAAAACAAGAGGAACAACGAUUGUCAUUUAAAAGCAAGUGUAAUAAAAAGAGGAAAGAAUGAGAGUGAAAGAGAGAGAGUGAAAGUGAGAGAGAGAGAGCGCGCUUAAAAUAAGGAACAGAAUGCAGAGACGACAAAGAUGCUAGAGAAAGAAGAAUGAGGAAAAAAGGGGAGAGAAUGUACGUUGAUAAUACAUGUGCAAUAAGUUUGAAUGCGACAUAGAUUGUACAAUGCCUAAUUCUAACUCUUAGAAGUAUAUAGAAUUUCACAUUUUCCCUUUGUAUGUGAUACGUCUUUGUAUGUAAAAUAAAAUUACGUUAUUCUCUAAGA